AUGGUCGACAGCCAACGGUCGUGUAGCGGCCAACCUGACCAGCACGUGAUCUUAACUAAGCUGGCGCUUCGAUUCUUCUUCUCUCUGUGGUCGACAAGCAGCCCCCUUUAUUGCCUCGCCAGGACAAGGCUGGAGUUUGACCCGUUACCCUUUAAGGGCGAGCUCUAUUGCAACAAAUUGUUCCGGCGGAGCCUCUUGUAUCCAGGCUCGAAGUUGGCAGCAAUCCAGCAGUUGUCACAAACUAGGCUACAGUUCCUUCACUACGUGACGAAGCUUCGGAAAAAAUGGAUCAAGUUUGGAAAUAAUGAGGUGGAGAGUUUCCAGAACGUCCAGUUCAAGGACGAAACCCUUGAGAUUCCCCGGCUUGUGAUCCUGGAUACGGCGAGCAAUGACAUCACCACGUACCUGUUCUUCAUGGACAACUUGAUUGACUCUGCCAAGGACGUGAGGCACCUCCACGAUUAUGGGAUCAUGAGGCACGGGCUCAGAAGCGAUGCCGAGGUCACUGACUUUCUCAACCAAAUUUGCAAGGAGGUGGUAUUAGUCGACAGCCAUAGUUAUCUCUCUAAUCCGUCUAAGGAUGUGGACACUUACUCCAGCAAUAAGUGGAAUGGUUGGAUAGCCAUUCUAGAGCUUAAGUACUUCAAUAAUUCAUGGUCAAUCAUUUCCUUAAUUGCUGCUUUCAAUUUGCUUCUGCUUACUUUGACACGAACCUUGUAG